UCAUAGAGGACAUGAAGCAGCAGCAGACCAACAAACACAGCAACCUGCACCGGGAGGACCAGCACAUCACCGUGGAGGAGCUGUGGCGAGGCUGGAAGACCUCCGAAGUCCACAACUGGACCAUGGAGGACGCGGUGCAGUGGCUGAAGGAUUCGGUGGAGCUGCCUCAGUAUGAGAGAAACUUCCGGGACUUCCGGGUCACGGGGAACACUUUACCACGAAUAGCGGCCAAUGAACCGUCGUUUAUGUCAGUGCAGCUGAAGAUAGUAGACCAGCGACAUAAGCAGAAACUCAACCUGAAGGCGCUGGACGCAGUGCUCUUUGGCCCUCCUCUGCGUCCGCCGCACAACUGGAUGAAGGACUUUGUCCUGAUGGUCUCCAUCGUCAUCGGAGUCGGGGGUUGCUGGUUUGCCUACGUGCAGAACAAGUCCAGCAAAGUGCACAUCUCCCAGAUGAUGAAGGACCUGGAGAGCCUGCAGAACGCUGAACAAAGCCUCAUGGAGCUGCAGAGCCGGCUGGAAAAGGCCCAGGAGGAGAACCGGACUGUGGCGGUGGAGAAGCAGAACCUGGAGGAAAAGAUGAGGGACGAGAUAAGCGGUGCCAAGAAGGAGGCUCACCGGCUACGCGAGCUGCGCCAGGGGGCCGAGUGUGAACUCAGCCGGCUGAAAUACGCAGAGGAGGAGCUGGUACAGGUACGCAUGGCCUUGAAGCGAGCGGAGAAGGAGAUGCAGUCGGAGUGGUCGGUGCCGGAGGCGCUCCAGAUGUGGCUCCAGCUCACCCAUGAGGUGGAGGUGCAGUACUACAACAUCAAGAAACAGAGCGCUGAGCUGCAGCUGUCUAUUGCCAAGGACGAGGCAGAGAAAAUCAAAAAGAAGAGAAGCUCUGUGUUUGGAACGCUCCAUGUCGCUCACAGUUCAUCGCUGGAUGAGGUGGACCACAAGAUACUUGAAGCAAAAAAAGCCCUGUCGGAGGUGACGGCGUGUCUGAGGGAGCGGCUCCACCGCUGGCAGCAGAUUGAGAAGCUGUGCGGCUUCCCGUUGGUCCACAAUUCGGGGCUACCAAGCCUGACAGCCAGCCUUUACUCGGACCACAGCUGGGUGGUGAUGCCACGGGUGUCGAUGCCACCGUACCCCAUCGCCGGCGGAGUGGAUGACCUGGACGAAGACACGCCCCCCAUCCUCCCACAGUUCACAUCCACCCUGAUUCGCCCCCCGUUGACACGUAACAGCAGCUUGUGUCGCUCCCGCCGGAGCCUGCUGAGCUCCCCCCAGUCCUCACUGAUGUCCCCGGACCCGGACCUGCUGUCCAUGGCCAGCUCGGCCCUCUCCUACCACACCGAGGCAGACGAGGACCAACUCUUCUUCAGCUCAGAUAGGAGGGGGGAGGCCCUGCAAGAGUCCUGCUCCGACACAGACUCUCUCAACUCCUCCAUGGGGCGUAAACAGCUGCAUGGCACCGGCACGCCGGGAGUGGAGGCCCCCUAUCGCAAGAUUUCCCGCGAGGAAUUACUGCUGCUCAGCCAAUGUCAGGAGCCUCCUGCUGGCGGGCUCCCCUCCCCCUCGACCACCACCACCCUCCCUACCGCCACCAGCAGUGGCAGUCUCAGGGACACCACCCCACCUCCGGCCGCCAGCUCUGGUGGGCCGCCCUCCUCCAACACCUCCCCAUCCCCGGCCCAAGAGCACCACCCGUCGGGGAACAAGGGCUCACCUGACCUCACUCGAAUCAUCCCAGAGUCGACGCACAGUGUGCCCUUCCCGCCAGGGCGCCCGGUCCCGGUGGGCAAGGGCAUGUACAAUGGCAUCCUGGAGAAGUCGUACAGCUUUGGCCAGCUGCCGGCGAGCAUGCUGCCCAGUGGCAGCGUCCGGCGCUACCCGUCUCUCACCUCCCUGGACCUGGAGGGCCGGAGCGCGGGGAAGGAGCAAAAGCUUCAGAGCGCAUCCUCCCAGGACUCCAGCGACAACGGGGAGAAAAUCAAGCGCUCCUCCUCGAAGAUUAGGAGCCUAUUUAAGAAGAAAAAGUAAAAAAAGAACAAAAGACAUUUAUUUAUAUACAAAAAA